CGGCGGGAGCAGGGCUUCUGUCGGUGGCGCCGAGACCCUUCCGCCAAGGCCCGGCGGCGGAGCUCCGAGGCUUCUCUCUCCUUUCUCCAUGAGCCUGGGCAGCGCCGUUUUCACAGAACAAGAUGGAUGGUAGCUUUGAUUGUGAUUGUGGUGAGCUGGAGCCACCUGAUCAUUAACUAACAGCCUCUUUUGUAAGCUGCCUCUUCCUUGACAAACUAAACAAAAGAAAAGAAGAAAGAAAGGAAGAGGAGAGAAAAGUGCUUAUUUAACACCAUAGAAUGAAGCUGCUCAGGACCAGUCCAACACUGAAUGUAUCUGCACUGUGAGGAGGAUGUUAAUAGAAGCCUAUUACGUGCAUAUUUAUUCACAUUUUCGUUAAAUGCAGUUUAGCACAGUAGAGUGGAGUCUAUAGUAUGUCACUUCAUUCCGUUUGAUUUCCUUGUAUUUCCUUUUAAUGUCUGCGGAUAUGCUGCACCUUCCUUGAACUAUGAAUGCUGCAACCUCUCUAUCUUUGCUCAAGUUCUAAUUAUAACGGGGAUACAACGGGCCUGACUGGCAAUGCAAUGAGAGUGUCAGAAAACUAUCGUGCAUUCAACCUGAAGUUUUUCUUCUCCUUUUCUGCAAGACCCUUCAUAUACCAGUGGAAGCAUCUGUACAUGUUUGCAGAAACUUAGUAGUUUUAAAAGGAAAAAAAACAACACAAAAGAAUUUCAACAUAAUGGCAGAGAAGUUUGAAAGCCUAAUGAACAUUCAUGGUUUCGAUGUAGGUUCUCGGUAUAUGGACUUGAAACCUUUGGGCUGUGGUGGCAAUGGCUUAGUUUUUUCUGCUGUCGAUAAUGACUGUGACAAACGAGUGGCUGUCAAGAAAAUUGUCCUGACAGAUCCUCAGAGCGUUAAACAUGCUCUGCGUGAGAUCAAAAUUAUUAGAAGACUUGACCAUGAUAACAUUGUCAAGGUGUUUGAAAUCCUUGGUCCCAACGGAAGUCAACUGACAGAUGAUGUAGGCUCUCUUACAGAACUGAACUGUGUUUACAUUGUUCAAGAAUACAUGGAGACAGAUCUGGCUAACCUGCUAGAGCAGGGGCCAUUACUGGAAGAACAUGCCAGACUCUUCAUGUACCAGCUGCUACGUGGGCUCAAAUAUAUUCACUCUGCAAACGUUCUGCACAGAGAUCUCAAGCCAGCUAACCUGUUCAUUAAUACUGAAGAUUUGGUGCUGAAAAUUGGUGACUUUGGCCUUGCGCGGAUCAUGGAUCCUCAUUAUUCUCACAAGGGCCAUCUUUCCGAAGGAUUGGUUACUAAAUGGUACAGAUCACCUCGCCUCUUGCUAUCGCCCAACAACUAUACUAAAGCCAUUGAUAUGUGGGCUGCAGGUUGCAUCUUUGCUGAAAUGCUCACAGGAAAAACUCUCUUUGCAGGUGCCCAUGAACUUGAACAGAUGCAGCUGAUUUUAGAAUCAAUUCCUGUUGUGCAUGAGGAAGAUCGUCAGGAACUUCUUAGUGUAAUCCCAGUUUACAUUAAAAAUGAUAUGACUGAGCCACACAAACCUUUAACUCAGCUCCUCCCAGGCAUUAGCCCUGAAGCACUGGACUUCCUGGAACAAAUACUGACGUUUAGUCCCAUGGAUCGAUUGACAGCAGAAGAAGCUUUGUCCCAUCCUUAUAUGAGUAUUUACUCCUUUCCAACUGAUGAGCCCAUUUCAAGCCAUCCUUUCCACAUUGAGGACGAGGUGGACGAUAUUCUGCUCAUGGACGAAAGUCACAGCCACAUCUAUAAUUGGGAAAGAUAUCAUGACAGUCAAUUUUCAGACCAUGACUGGCCUAGUCAUAACAAUUUUGAAGCUGAUGAAGUCCAGCGUGAUCCAAAGGCUCUUUCUGAUGGGACUGAUGAGGAAGAAGUACAAGUAGACCCUCGCAAAUAUUUGGAUGGCGAUCGUGAAAAGUACCUAGAGGAUCCAGCGUUUGAUACCCACUUUUCCACUGAGCCUUGCUGGCAGUAUCCAGAUCAUCAUGAAAACAAGUACUGUGAUCUGGAAUGUAGCCACACUUGUAAUUACAAAAUGAGGUCCUCUUCAUACCUAGAUAAUCUGGUCUGGAGAGAGAGUGAAGUGAACCAUUACUAUGAGCCCAAGCUUAUCAUAGAUCUUUCCAACUGGAAGGAGCAGAGCAAAGAGAAGUCAGAUAAAAAAGGCAAGUCAAAAUGUGAAAGGAAUGGAUUGGUGAAAGCUCAGAUAGCUCUUGAGGAAGCCUCCCAGCUUGCAGAGAAGGAGAAGAAUCAAGGGUUUGAUUUUGAUUCGUUUAUUGCAGGAACUAUUCAGCUUAGUUUGCAGCACGAGUCAACUGAUAUUGACAAAUUAAAUGACUUGAAUAGCUCAGUGUCCCACCUAGAGUCGAAAGGCAUAUCCAAGUCAGUAAGCAGAGAGAAGCAGGAGAAAGGAAUGGCCAACUUGGCCCAAUUGGAAGCUCUUUACCAAAAUUCAUGGGAUGGGCAGCUCGUAAAUGGUGGGGAGGAAUGUUUCCUCAUAGACCAGUUUUGUUGCGAAGUCAGAAAGGAUGAGCAGAUUGAGAAGGAGAAUCCAUACACCAGUUACCUGGACAGGUUUUUUAGCAAGAAGGAAGAUGCUGAGAUCCUAGAAAGCGAGCCAGUAGAAGAUGGGAAGCUUGGGGAGAAAGAAAGAGAGGGGAGCUUUUUAAGCAAUAGUGGGGAAUUUCUCUUUAACAAGCACCUUGAAGCGAUAGGUAUUCCUCAGUUUCACAGCCCCGUUGGGUCACCACUUAAAUCCAUACAGGCCACGCUAACGCCGUCUGCUAUGAAGUCAUCUCCUCAGAUUCCCCACAAGACAUACAGCAGCAUUCUGAAACACCUAAACUAAACGGCAGACAUUUCUUUUUGUAUUCAUGAAAUGUGUGUUCUUUUUUAUUGUAAGUAAUUUUUUUACUUGAAAUCAGAUAAUGUUAACUUUGGUAUGAAUUUCCUUAGUUUUCUGUUUACCAUUGUUUUUACAAUCCAGAAUUACUUUAUUUACAUGACAAUUCUUUUUUUUUAAACUGGCAUGUCAUUUGCACACAAAAGUAAAGAACAGAGCAAAACAAUGCACAUUGCAGGAAGAAACAAGAAGAAAAUGCACUAAACCAAGUAGAAACACUCUUCAGUUUAAACAGUUCAUGCUUUGCAGAGGAAAAAAUAAGAAUCUUGCCUUGAAAAUUACACAGUGAGACUAUACAUAUUUGCAUGAAAAUAUCUAUUUUUCCCUGAAACAUUUUCAUUCAUAUGUAUUUUAGAAUUUUUCAUACUGUACACAUUUCUUAGACACAUGAUACCAGCAGCAACUGAAAAAUAAAUGCAGAAUUUGGUACGCAUGUGUUAUCUACCUCAAGGUAACAGCAGUAUGUGGCAAAACAUUAACCACCCAUAGUGCUUUUCAUAAUGCACAUCUAUUUAGCCAGCAUUAUUGUAGUAGGUGGUAUGGAGAAAUCAUUCAAUAUUUAUAAAUAUUCUGGUAUGCCUUCUUUAUAGUGGAAAUGUUAAUAUGCAGCGUUUUAUUUAUUUUAGCAAAUUAUAUUUUCUGUCAUGAUAGAAAGUAAAAAAAAAAAUUGAACUUGCUUUACAGAUAAAGUUCUUGUUAGCACUGUGGUUUAUUGCCUACAUAGCUGAAAUAGAGAUGAAAUAACAUCCCCUUAUUCUGAGGUGAUCCAUAUGAGUUUUUAAAGAGAUUUCACUUCAAGUAAGGCACUCACUGUGUAUAGGAAUUUGCAAUUUGGAGGUGCUUGAUCUCUCUCUACAAAGAAAUUAGGAAUUGUUUUAUUAUAAAAUGCUCCUAGAAGUCUUAAUUGUGUUAAUUUUUUAAGAACAAUUUUUGUAAUGUUAGUUGUGUGCAUGGAAGCAAUUAAGGUACAACAUUACUGUAGGUUGAAAGUUCUAUAUGGCCAGACAUUUUGUUUUUACUGUAUGUUUUUACUGAAUGAUGCCCUUUGUCUCAUCCCCAAAGCAAGCAUGAGUAUAAUUAGGUUAAAUGUAGCAUGUAGCAUCUCGGUCUUCUGACAGUUUGUUUUGCCUUCUGGGUUUUUGUUGUUUUUGUUUUUGGGAAACUAUGUAUCAUUGGCACCCCUGUUUUAAAGAGAAACAAAUAAAAACAUGGCCAGCAAAAAUUA